AUGUCCAUGGCUAGACCAUCGUCAAGCUCAUUGCGAGCCUCGCUGCUCAGAUCCCCAGCGUCCUGGAAUGCGCAGUCGAUACCGGCUCGCUGUCGCUUCUCGACAAGUCGAAGAUGUCUGGCUUCGACCCCGAUUCCUCAAACUCACCACACCGCAGGUCGCGCGUACCUACGAACGUCGCUCGGUGUCGUCUUCCUCGGCGGUCUGAUCUAUACCAUGGCCAAUAGCAAUACUGCAGCAAAUGAUUCACCGCCGGUGCAACCAGUCUCGCUGGCUGAGGUGGACGCGGUCACCAAGAGCAGGACGAAGAUCACAAAGAACUCCCCAAUGAGACUGCGGAUGGAGGCUCUGAUUGAGGAACACCAAAAUCGCAUCGUGUUUGCGCUGGAGGACAUUGACGGCAAGAAGUUCCAGCGUGACAAGUGGACGAGAUCACACGGUGGUGGUGGAACGUCGUGCGUUCUGCAGGACGGAAACGUCUUUGAGAAAGCGGGCGUCAACACCAGCGUUGUCUAUGGCGAACUACCUCGCCCUGCGAUCGAGAAGAUGCGGGCGGACCACAAGUCCUUUGUUGACUCGGACGUCGAGAAGCUCAACUUCUUCGCGGCGGGCAUUUCGCUUGUUCUCCAUCCACACAACCCCAUGGCGCCGACCGUCCACCUCAACUACCGAUACUUUGAGACCUCAGACCCCCGAGACCCCGUGAACGCCACGGGCACCUCGCAGACUAAUUGGUGGUUCGGCGGCGGCACAGAUUUGACACCAUGUUAUCUGUUCGAAGACGAUGCAAAGCACUUCCACAAGACGCUUAAAAUCGCCUGCGACAAGCACGACACAGAGUAUUAUCCUAGGUUCAAGAAAUGGUGUGACGACUACUUCAAGAUUGAGCACCGCAAGGAGUCCCGGGGAAUUGGCGGGAUUUUCUUUGACGAUCUCGAUGCGAGCACACAGCCCAGCUCGAGAAACCCUCAAGAGGACAUCUUCCAGUUCGUCGUUUCCGGGUUGGAAUCGUUCCUCCCUGCCUACCUCCCGAUCAUCAAAAAGAGAAAGGACUUGCCGUUUACGCACCAGCAGAAAGAAUGGCAACAGCUACGACGUGGGAGGUAUGUCGAGUUCAACCUGAUUUACGACCGGGGGACGAGCUUUGGCCUGCGCACUCCCGGUGCGAGGGUCGAGAGUAUCCUGAUGAGUCUCCCGCUGACGGCUCGUUGGGAAUACAUGCACCCACUGUGCGGCACGGGGCUGCCAGAGAGUGUGGAAGAGGAAGAAGACGGCCAACACGAACAGGAGAAGGAGCUGAUGGAUGUGCUGAAGAACCCCAGAGACUGGGCAUAA